UAGCAGGGAGCAGCAGCACAUGAGAAGGCUGCCUCACAUGAGCUGGUCCUUGAAUCCUUAUAGUGUAAGGCAGCUCUGUGCCUCUUUGCUAAACAUCCUUUUGAUUCCUAAUGUUAAAUGGUCUGACGGGUUCCUUGUGUUAUUGUGGGGGCGUUACUUAUAUUUUCCACAGUUAAAGUAAUACGCCAUGGGGUGUCACGUAGCUAACGUCAACCGCUAACAGUGUUUUCAUAACUCGAGGUAGUCUGUUGACCUUGUUGGCAGUUUAAUCAUACGCUGUAAUAUAUGAUUUGUACUCACUAUUUUAAUAGUUAUCUUUUAUGUGUCAGGAAGUGUAACAUGUCAACAGUCCGGUAGCUAAUGCUAAUUUAUCUAUUAGUGCAUUAACUUAGCUAGCGUUUUACUUAACGUUAGCUAAUUUAAUAGUCUAAUCUAUUUGCUAGCCAAUCAUAGUCAGAUAUUUGCCCCCUUAGUGACCGUGUUGAAAUUAAGGACGUACUAGUCUCGUAAUCUCCAUUGUCACCCUUUCAAUAGUCUUUAAUAAUCAUGUCCGUCCAGCUAACAAAGGUGGCCGUGAGAUGUGUCCUGCGCGUAUGCAGUCGCGGGUCUCCAUGGCAACAGCGCAGUUUCUUGGUGACAACAUCAGUGAAACACAAACCUUUCCCGAGUGAGCACAUUUUCAGCACAAAGCAAAGUCACGCAUGCCCCGAUAGAAGUUUAGUCAGCUUUUACUCUCGUGGUGGGAUUCACAACGAGGACUUGGAAGAGAAGACACGUCCCCCUUCUCCGGUGGGAGAGUCACCGCUGACCGAUGAGAUCCAGCCCGAGGAGACCGGCUCCGAGCAGACACCAAGGAGGCCGCCGCCGCCUUUCCACGACCACCUCCAGCGCUGUCGCUCCCCGUCGGACGUGCUGGACCUCACCACUCGGCACUCGCCCACACUUGGACAGGUCAGCAACUGCAUGACCCGCAUGUGGUCCACCGCCAAGAAGAUGUCCGACGAGCAGCAGCGCUACGAGCUGCAGCUCAUGUUCGAGCAUCCCGCGUUCGACAAUUUUUUGCAACAAGCCAUGAAGAGAGUGGGGGACAUGCGCAACGAGGACGCUGCCUAUUGUCUCCUGAGCAUGGUCCAACUGGGUGUUCCCCAAGGAAGCCGCGUGGUCCAGACUUUCCUCCGAAGCUGUCAGGAGAAUCUGAAUGACUUUGACGAGAAGGGCCUGUCUAUCUUGGCCUCCUGUCUGGAACAUAUGGACGGCAGCACCAACGUCGCUGCCCUUAAAGAGGGCUUGAGGUUGGUAGUUAGGGCCCAACUCCCCACGAUCAAGAAUGUUCAUGCUCUUCAGACCUGUAUGCGUCUGUUGGGGAAAGACGCCCCACUGGACCUCAAACGGAAACUCGAGGUAAAGGCUCUAUCAAUGACAGACCAGUUCAGCCUUCCCAACACCCAGUACAUGAUCUCAACUAUGGCCACAAUGGGCUUCUACUCCAAACCACUGCUAGAUAUCUGCAGUAGGACGAUCAAAGAAAACCUGCAUGGAAUCCCCUUCAACCGAUUGUUUACAGUCCUGCAAUCCUGUCGGAAUUUGCACUACAGAAACUUCGAUCUGCUCACUGGCAUUUCGGAAUAUGUUGCCUCUACAAUGGAUAUAUGGACCAAAAAACAGGUGGUCCUCUUCCUGUCAGUGAUGGAGAACCUGGCCUUCUGCCCCGCCGCCAUAAUGGAGGCAUUUGCAAAGAAUGUGAGCGCCAAUCCGGACAACCUGACACUUAAAGACCUCCUCUGUAUCCUCAAAGUGUACUCCUAUCUCAACUAUGAUCUGAAGCACCAAAGACAACAGUUCCUGGAGAGUCUGAGCCAGGCUCUGGGCUCCUAUCUACCCAAGAUGUCCGCGUUUGAGUUAUUAAAGGUUGUAUACCAUCUUUGUCUCCUUGGCCACUUCCCGUCCGCACCACUGGAGCAGCUCCUGCAGAGCAGCACACUGGAGAAGUUUCACGCUACAGUGCCCAGGUUCCUCCCCAACCAGGAAAGGAUGUUUCAGACAGUGAACUUUUGCCUCCGUCUGGAGCCGACUCUGCUCCAUCAGCCGGCGACCGUCCCCCCAUCCCUCCUGGGAACCCCCAACCCGUCUGGCCAAACAGUCAACCCAUGGCUCUUGCAGGGCCUGCGGAGUGUGUUGGAGGACCAGGCGGACACGAUGCUGCAUGAGAAGGUGGUGGUGGAGGACUUCUACAGUAUAGAUGCUGUGAUAACCAAACCACUGCCACAGCAACCCUCUGAGACUGAAGCGGGUAGAAGUGCAGGAGAAGAGUGUCCUCCAGCAGAGAGCAGUCAAAGGAUUGCAGUAAUUUGCCCGCCACACUCUGCCUUUUGCUAUGGCACGUCCAAUCCCCGCGGCCCUCUGGCCGUUAAGAUUCGCCAUCUGAAGAUCCUUGGAUAUGAGCCUGUCUUGGUAACGGAGGAGGAGCUGCAGUCCGAGGAAGACAGGACGGUUUUCCUCCGAGGGCGGAUUUUCCCAGAACACCUCAGCUCACACACACAACCCAAAAUGGAGCCCCAGGGGUCUUGAGGACUAAUGCCAAGAGCCACAUGUGGUCCAGUAGUCCCAACUUGUGCGACCAUCACGAACGCCCAGAUUUUGUUGUGCCGUUAAGAAGUAACUGAAGUAUUUCAAUAAAUCUAAAAAGGACUGGGAUACAUGUGAAGAUUUUUUGAUUGGAGGAGCGACUUGGGGAUAUAAUCUUUUUCUCCUUUGUUUUCUCAUCAUCCCCAAAUCGAAACGAUGGGUUGCUCUUGCUGAUGCUCGCGCAGGUUGAUGAGUAAGACCGCACUGCCGAAUGAAACCAGUAAAAGCAGAUUGUGCGCCGCUGGCAGAAACUGCACAAAAACUGCAAGGUGAGGAAGGUAAAGCUUUACCCUUUGAAGCAGCCGCGUUUGCAGAAAGAACGACAGAUAAAAAAAAAAAAAAAAAAAAGGGAGAGACACAGGAAACGGUGUGGCUUGUGUUCUGGUAUAUGUCUUGUUCUCAUCGACGUAAGCAACUUUAACCCUCACAAAAACACGCGGUGAUGUUUCUGCCUUCUUGGAAAUUAAAAGCUUGUAAGGA